CUUUCUGACAAGGGAAAGCAUGGAAGGCGCUUUUGCAACUUUACCCGACUUAUAACUAUAUUUCAUGCAGGUAAAUGCAUUAAGGAGCUACGGUGACAGAAGAUGAUGAUGAAGUACAAACUGUUCACGGGGAUCUGUUGCAGGCUAUACAGUGCCUCAAUUAUGUCGAUGAAUGUAGCUUCUCACAGACAUUUCUGCAGUUCAUUUCUGACUGAUAUUUCCUCACCAGAAACUACAGUGACAGUAGGCAGCCAGACUUAUGCCAGGGAUGAGAUGACAAACGUGACACCGCAUAUACUGUCCAAAGUUGGCAGCAAUCUUCAUAAUCGAAAGUAUCACCCUCUGAACUUACUGAAGCAAAGGAUUCGAGAUCACUUUUACAAAAAUUACGUCAAGCCACGGGGCAACCCGAUAUUUACUGUCGUUGAUGACUUGCCACCUGUUGUCACCAUUGAACAAUGUUUUGAUAGCUUAUUGACUCCAAAAGACCACGUGAGCCGGAAACCAUCAGAUACGUAUUAUGUAAACAGGCACCAUGUGCUUCGCACCCACACCUCGGCUCAUCAGUCUGAUUUGAUUCGCAUGGGUUGUGACCAGUUUCUAGUGAUUGGAGACGUGUACAGAAGAGACACCAUAGAUAAGUCCCAUUACCCAGUGUUCCACCAGUGUGAAGGUGUGAGAUUGUUCACAGAACGUGAGCUUUUAAUCAGUAAAUUCUCAGAACAGGACAUGGAAGGUUUGACGGUGUUUGAGCAGGGCCCUCGUAUCCCAGCCAAGCAGGCCCCUCACACACAGGAUGCUGUUGUCCUUCUGGAGGCCGACCUGAAGUGGACACUGACAAGAUUGGCUCAUGAUAUAUUUGGAAAAGAUAUAGAGACCCAGUGGGUGGAUUGUUAUUUCCCAUUCACACACCCGUCCUGGGAGCUGGAGAUCAAGUAUAAGGGGGAGUGGCUGGAGGUGCUGGGCUGCGGGGUCAUGGAGCAGGAGAUACUAAACGAAGCUGGAGCUGGGAACAAGGUGGGCUGGGCGUUUGGCCUGGGUCUGGAGAGGUGGGCCAUGAAGAUGUACGACAUCCCAGAUAUCCGCCUUUUCUGGAGCCAGGACUCUGGCUUUCUGUCUCAGUUCAGAGUGGAUGAUGCCAAUACACCUAUUAAGUACAAACCCGUGAGCGUCCAUCCCCAGUGUUACAAUGACAUCUCCUUUUGGAUCCCGGACAAUUACACUGAAAAUGAUUUCUACGACUUGGUGCGUGGCCUGGGGAGUGACAUGGUGGAACAGGUUGAACUCAUUGACAAUUUCACACACCCCAAGAAGGGUCGAACCAGCCACUGCUACAGAAUAACAUACAGGCAUAUGGACAGGGCAGUACAUCAGGAGGAGGCCAAUAAGAUACAUGCACUUAUCACCGAGGCUGCUAUUAAUAAUCUUGCAGUGGAAGUACGAUAGCAUUUUGCCCCUGCCCACGCCCCCUCCCCCCUCUCCUCACAAGGGUGUAAUAUAUCAUGAUGAGCUUGAGUCAGUAAUAUCCCCCCCCCUCCUCUCCCCUCAGAUCUGUCAUUGAAUUGUACUGAUUGAAUCACUGACACUUGUAAUAACACAAUAAAGGCAAAACUCCAAUAUUCACAAGAGUACAUUACAGUUACACAGCUUGGAACAGUUUAUAAAACACUGUGUGGACUCUGUGAGCUAUUUUUAUACAUUUUUAUGGCAUUUUAUGGCAUUAUCGUGUUGGGUACCUGUAAUGCAUUGAUUGAUGCAUAUGAAUCAUUGAAUUUCUG